AUGCCCGAAGACGAAGCCGCAAAAGCCGAACGGCUCGCAGCCGCAAAGAAACGAAUCGAAGCGCUCAAAAAGAAAAAAGGCAAAAAGACCAAACCCGACUCCCCCUCCCCCUCCACCAGCCGCCCAGGCACCCCCGACGUCCCCGAGGACCCCACCCCAUCCACCAGCACACCCCCACCACCAACCGACUCCCCCGCCUCCCCCUCCUCCGAGACGGACCAGUCCACGCCGCUCCCCGGCACCUCCCUGCACACGCGGCGCAUCUCGACCUCGCUGCGCCGGCCGUCCAUCACCGGCGCCGAGCUCCGGAAGAGCCCGCUGUCGCCCACGGACCUGCCGGACCUGUACCGCAAGCAGGCGACGACCAUCUCGGAGCUCACGGAGGCGGUCGAGCGCCACGAGGCCGAGAUUGAGAGGCUGAGGGGCGAGGCGAAGCGGCUGGGCGAUGCGGAGGUGGAGCGCGAUGAGGCAGUGCAGGUGCUUGCGGGCGUCAAGACGAGGUUGAAGGAGGUGGAGGAGCGCGCGGAGGCGGAUAAGGCGAAGGGGGUGGAGGCGGAGGGGCUGCUGGAGAAGCUGAAAAGUGAGGUGGCAGACUUGACGCGCCAGACGUCGCAUCUGACGUCGCAGCUGUCCAACAAGGAGAAGCAGAUCGCGGACCUCAAGCUCCAAUCUUCAAACUCCUCCACAUCGCAGGACAAGGAGUCCCUCUCCGCAAAAGAAGAGCAGAUCGAAACCAUGGAAAUGGAGAUCUCCAAGCUCCGCGGCGACCUCGACCGCGCCACCAAGUCCCUCACCGAAACACAAUCCACCCUCACCACCACCACCGCCACCCUCCACACCCUCGAAUCCACAGUCGACGCCCUCACCGCCGACCUCACCACCUCCAAAUCAACCCUCGCCUCCACCACCGCCCUCCUCACCACCGAAACCGACGCCCGCAAAUCCGCAGAGGCCGCCGCAGCAUCCGCCGCAGCAUCCCUCGCCGCAGAGUCCGCUACCAUGAAGGCCCAGGCGGCAGCACUGGCGACGCUGGAGAAGGACUACGCAACGCUGAAAACAAUGUACCGCGACACCGACACGCGCAACCGCGAGUCCCUCGCCGAGAUGGCAGAGCUGCGCAAGCGCGUGGCUGAGCUCGAAGCGGAGAACACACGGCUGCGCGCGCUGCCGCGCGGGAACGGGAAGGACGACGAGGACGUUGACGAGAUUGAGGAUGUCGAGCGCCGGCGGCUGCAGAAGAGGGUGCAGACGCUUGAGCGCGACCUGCAAGCCCGCGGCGGCGGGGGUGGGGGUGGGUAUUCGGCGCAGCAGCAGCAGCAGUGGCAACAGCAGCAACAGUGGCAGCAGCAGCAGAUGCAGGCGGAGGAGGAGCGGCGGAGGAUGGAGGCGGAGCGGCUGGAGAGGGUGAGGGAGGUCAAGAGGGGGCUGGAGCAGUGGAGGGGGUGGAGGAUGGAUUUGGCGAGUAUGGGCGGGCCCGGGGUGGGGAUGGUGUUUGAUGUGUAG